AAGGAGGAUGUUUGCACUGUUUGUUUUGUCGCCUUACCUCGACUUUUUAUCGAACGGUUCAGAGCAUCAAAACAACAGCUGGAGGAAAUGGUUUAGAUGCAGGCACAAACUGAUCAAUGUUCUGCCAUGCCCGAUUUCUAUAGUUUAGUCAAAUCAAAAUAUGUUUUCUCGUAUGCUACCUGAUCUUAAUUGAGUACUAUUUCAGGGCAAUGGCACCAUCGGGAGACGAGCUAUUUACCACCUCCUGGACACUCCAUCGCCUGAGCCCUUUAUACCAUGGAAAGGAAUGCGAAACCCUUCUAGGCAACCCACAGAGUCUGGAGUUAUAUGCAACGCGUUUGCGCGACCUUCUUCGGGGUGAUGUGUUUCGUGGUGUGCAGGUUGGGAUUGAAGGCCUGGGUGCCGUGGACGACGCCGUCUCCAGAGCAGGACACUUGAAAUCGUGCAAGUGGGAUGCGCUUCCGACCUGGAGCCACUGGAAUGAAGAGGAGUCUCUACUCGAAGACCCCGACCAGGCGGGAUUUGUCAUUUCUCCAGAUGACUCUGCAGGAAUUUUGGUUACGCUUGAAUAUGAGAAUAUCACAUAUAAAGCAGCCAUGCUAACGGGCCCGGAUGGCUACCACGAUUCACGGAAAGAUGUUACCUUUCUCCCGUUACUUCUAACUCGUCUUCCAAACUCGCUUCGUCAGUCUUUUAUUUCGUUUUUGUCGACCAGUUUCGACACGCGCUGUUCAGUUCUUCGGCUGACCUCAAGUUUUCUGUGCGCGACAUUUGAAAACUACCUGUCAACUUUGAAUCGUGCUGCGUCUGGCCGCAAUUCAUCUUCUUCACGGGCUUUUGUUGAAAAAGUAAUCAAAGAGUCACAACUUACACUCUCCUUCCCCUCGCCAAUAUCACCCGCAUUGAAAAGCUUGGAUGUACUUAUACCGCGUGAGUCUCUCAGCACAUUUUUCACUCACGGCACAAAAAUACUUGCGAACAAGACAAUAAACCGGCCCCACCAAACACAAGACCGCGGAAAGAAGCGGCCUCAUCCCGACACUGCCCCAUCUACCGAUGAGGGCGACGGCCCUUCUGCUCCAUUUUUAGCAGCAUUGGGUGCUUACUUCGAUUCUAAUCUCGCCAUGCAAUUAGAUAUUAGCGACUUUGGAAAGGACCCAACCAACGCUCAAAAGAGAAAAGUGAGGCUGAGCAAAGUAUCCUGCGGAGCUUUUGUGCUUGGAAGUGAAGGGAGGAUGAAACUACUGGCGAAUCCCGGACGGGUGAUACCGUUCGACGAUGCGGAUGUUACUGAGGAGAAUGACGACCCUAAUGGACGGGAGGCCCGAUUGGUUUGGAGAGCAAAUGAAAUCCUUCUACGGACGUUGGUUGCAAGAGCUGUUGGCGGGCAAACCAAGAGGUCCAAUGGAGAUUUGGUAGGAGGGGAAGGCACUUGAUAUCCUAUCAUUUUCAUCCUGGUAGUGUCAUAGUAUAUAUCUGUUUUCUGCGGCCAGCCGAUACGAAACGACUCCAAAAACUCCUCGAAGCCUUCGUUUAUUCCAGUGGCUGCCCGGGUGGAUAUUCCAGCCCUUGGCCAGGUUUCGAAAUAUUUGAAAUUUCCCGUGGUAUUUGAUAUCAGUCAUUUCAUAUCGGGCAGAAUCUCCCCAUUCUAAAUUCCUCUUCAAAAACGAAUUCUUCAUGGGACAAUGAACAUGAAAUGACUUGCCCAUGGUGAAAGAUAUGCCUGCUCCAUUGUCGCCCUGUAAAGAGCAAGCAAAAUUUACAAUCCAAUUAAAUGGAGAUGUGCGGGUUGGAAACAAGAUUCAGUUCAGUUCACAUGUUAAUUGGCUACAACAUUUCAUCAAAAAGACGAUGUGACAAAAUGGACGGUUUGAGCAUUCACGUCCAGCAGCAUCCAUCCCAACGGGAGGGACAAGCGACGACAAAAAUGGCGACUAUUUCUACACUGUAGCAACUCCCAAGUCAAUCAUCAUGGAAGUCUUAGAAGUACACCUUAGCCCGCCGAAUCGCCCAUCCGAAAAAAAAAAAAAAAAAAAAAAAAAAAAAAAAUUACACAACACAAAUGUCACCAACAAAUUCAGCUAUACACAUAUCCACAAGCCCAAAUUCUACACAAUCGCACCCUUCCCCUUCCUCCCCAUAAUCAAAACAUCUCCUGUCCUCCCUUGCGUCUCCGCCCCCAUGACCCGCUGAUAGUACCUUUCCGCCCUCUCGCCGACCGUCACCAUCAUUAAUCGCCGGAAAUACUCUCCCCGGCCAUCCACCCACGCAUUGACACACUCCAACAGCCAGGAGCCCAGGCCGGUCCCCUGGUAUUCAGGAAGAAUGUACACAUCUGUCAGAUAGGCGAAAGUGAUGUUAUCGGUGAUUAGGCGUGCGAAGCCGAUUUGGGUGAGGCCUGUGGCAUCGACAGUGCCGUUCUGAUUAUUAUUAUCAUCGGCGCCAUUACUGUUAUUACAUCUGUACACCCCGAAACAUAGCGAGCGGUCUAUCAUAUCUUUCAAGACGGGCGCGGGGAGUGGUUUGACCCAGUACAUGUGUUCUUGGUUGAAGGCGUCGGUCAGGGCGGAGAGGGAGAUGAUAGAGGGGUCUGUGGAAAUGACAUAUUUCUCUUUUCCGUCUGUUGCUGCUGCUGCUGUUGUUGUUGUUGUUGUUGCGGUUGCUGUUUUCGCUGAGAAGGACUUUGUCCAUUGCUGAACCUGGAAGAGAGGGGGUUGGAAUUGGGAUUGAUAUGGUGCUUGGGGUUGUGCCAUGAUAUGGUUUUGUUGUUUGGUUUUCUUUUCUCCGAUAUUUUGAAUUCUUAAAAUCUCUCUUCUUCUGACGCUUUUCUCUUCCUUUUCUCCCGUUUCCAGAUUCCUGUUUGCCGAGUAUACUCAACACAGUAUGAUAUAUCUGUUGUUGUGAUGAAGGAAGUGAAGAAGACUAACGGAUAAUCAAUCCACCAACAACGCAAACCUCAGAUACCGAAGUAACUAGAAUCAAUCCACAGUUCGUCUUCUAGGAGUUGCUCUGUUUCAAUAAGAAAACACGUAUCGAUCCAGAAUAGUCUGUCCACCCCUUGAUUGGCCUGUGAGUCACUGCGCGCGGUUGCUUCAGAUAUGCUUCAUGCCGACCCCACAUUCUGCUCGUAUGGAGACUCCGGCGAAUCGCUAGAGGUUUUCGGCACCGACCCAUGACAUCGGAAUGGACCGUUGGCACCAGGUGUGCCGGCGAAAGCUAGCAGGGCUACUAAAUGUAAUAGAAUUACGUGUUUGCUUGGUGCAGCGCGGGAUUGGAUGUGUUUUUAUCAAUCCCAAGAAUUGAGGAGAGAAGUAAAUGAGAAGGAGUAAAAUAAAAAACCAAAUCUCAACACUCUUGACUAAUGGGUACUGAAAGCUAAGCUGUGCAUCCUGCCGUCAAAUAAGCUGAACCUAGGAGAGGGGCGGAACGGUAUCAAUGACAGAAACAAGGAGUCUCGAUCGUUAAGAGCGGCAGGUAAGGGAAUCAGGAAUAAGAACGAAGACAUGAAAAAAAAUAUAUAGUUAAUCCAUACACACACGAUGGAAAACAACCCCAAACCCCCAAGAACUCCAAAUCCCAUCCCUUAGUAGUUUGACCCCGUCAAGGCCCCAGAAACUCAUUCAUUUGAGAGCACUUUCUGCAUGCCCGCAUCUGUGUUCUCCAAUAUAUCGACAUGGUCGCCCAACUCAAUGGACCCGAAGUACUCCUCGAAGACCUCGCGCAGCGUCGCAUCUGUAAACUGCAUAUGGGCACCAGGAAUAGUCUUAAAAUCCAGCUUUCCAUUUUGAUCCAACUCCCUCAACCCGAUCCAAUCCUCUUUAAACAUCAUCCUUCCCUUCAGCGGCGUAACAGUCCCAUCUGUCAUGUUGACCUCCGCGAAAUGCGCCGACUCUUUCGGCACCAUCGUCUGAUCUUCUUCGAACAUGUACAUGGCGAAUUUAUUCAACUUCUCCAUGUUCUCCUUGUACGUUAGGUUCUUCGAGGGUCGCUCGUUAUUGAUAUCUGCUAGGAAAUUGCUAUAGGCAAGGUACUGAUCCAGCUCCCUGGGGUCUCGAAAGUACUGCGCAGGGACGAAUCUUGUCUGGACGAACGUGGACCACCUGCCCCAUCGUAACAGUGCCUCCCCGGUCUUGCAUAGCCAAUCCCCGGUGGAGUUGCAGGCCUGGAAACUGGCGAUGCCGUUAUGCUGACUGCCGAAGGUAACGAGGUUGCGGACGGGCGGAAAGUUGCAGCGCUCGAUGUAUCCGCGGAGAAACUGGCCGCCCUGCGAGAAGCCCAGGGCAUUGACGGCGGGCGCGGUACUGAGAAUCUGUUCCGUACCCAGCUGUUUGCAGACUUCAUCCAUCUGGGCGUUGAGGUCGCCCAAGAAGGUGGCUUCGCGGUCUGUGGUAGGCGAGUCACCAAGGGAGAUGAUGUGGACGUAGGUUCCCGGGUUGACCUCCUGGGCAAGGUUGGCGACGUGUUUGAGGCCGUCGUUGGCGU